AUGAAUCCAGUAAACAAACAACCAGUUCUUAUUGAUGAAAAAGAUUCCAAUUAUGCAACUUUCCCGAUCACAAAUAAACGUAAUAAUUUUCAAUUAGUACCAAAUUCAUCAUCAUCGUCUUCCACCGAUUAUAGCGUAACUGAUGGUAACGGAGUAAUUCGUUAUAUAAUGAACCCAAGAGAAUUAAGAAAAGAUCAUCCAGUGUGGCAUUAUUUUUAUUUAUGUACAUUAAUAUUUGCAGCAUUCGUCUCUCUUUUUAUUGGACCUGUUAUAUUCGGUAUGUUGGCAGCUAUUGGAGGCUUAGCUACCCCUUUAGUGUUAUCAUUGAUGGGUGGUGGUUUAGGUUUGAUUCUUGGCAUUGUAUUUGGUGUUGUUUUCUCGGUCGUUUGUAUCGUGGCUCUUGUAAGAGCUCUUGGUUGGAGUGCUGAAUGGGUUUUAGAAGCUUUAUGGUUUGGUGGUAAUGAUUUAAUGGAAAUUACAAAAGAACAAAUUUUCAUGUUAAUUAGCCCUCCUCGUCACCAACAAGAUUAA